GCGGCAAAGGUAGGAGCGGAAUACGUUUCCCUGGAUGAGCUUCUAAAGCAUUCUGAUUUUGUUGUGUUAACAUGCGCUUAUUCGCCGGAAAUGAAAGAGCUGAUUAACAAGGAAACUCUUUCAAAAAUGAAACGAAAUGCGGUUCUCAUUAAUACGAGCAGGGGUGCUUUGAUUAAUCAGGAUGAUUUAUAUGCGGCUCUUUCAUCUGGCCAGAUUCGUGCUGCUGGCCUGGAUGUUACAAUGCCGGAACCUUUACCACCUGACAAUCCUUUAUUUUCACUAAGCAACUGUGUUAUUUUGCCUCAUAUUGGUUCAGCAACAGAACGUGCGCGUACUGAAAUGUUGCAUAUCGCUGAAGACGGCAUAUUAGGCGUUCUAGAUGGCCCGAAGCUACCGCAACACCUUCGAGUGGUUUAA